GUGUGGGUGCUAGUCCAUUCCUCCCACUGGAUUAAAGCGAAUAUCUCCUGGACAGCUGCCAGCAAAGAGAAACCUUGCUUCAUUUUUUUUGGAAACUUAAUUGCUCAAGUAGCCUUAAGUUUUGGUCCACAGUCAUGUGGUCACCACAGCUGCUGUUCCUCACUAUGCUCUUGGCAUCUGCAGCCCAUGCAUUUAGUCGUGCCCCUGUUCCUAUGGCGGUGGUCCGGAGGGAACUGUCUUGUGAAAGCUACCCAAUAGAGCUACGCUGCCCUGGAACAGAUGUUAUCAUGAUUGAAAGUGCCAACUAUGGCAGGACAGAUGAUAAAAUCUGUGACUCUGAUCCUGCCCAGAUGGAGAAUAUCCGUUGUUAUCUGCCAGAUGCCUAUAAGAUUAUGACUCAAAGGUGCAGCAACCGGACACAGUGUGCAGUGGUAGCAGGUCCUGAUGUGUUUCCUGACCCAUGUCCAGGAACAUACAAGUACCUAGAAGUGCAGUAUGAAUGUGUUCCUUACAAAGUGGAACAAAAAGUUUUUCUUUGCCCUGGACUACUAAAAGGAGUCUAUCAAAGUGAACAUUUAUUUGAAUCUGACCACCAGUCAGGAGCCUGGUGCAAGGAUCCCCUGCAGGCUUCUGACAAGAUUUACUACAUGCCGUGGACUCCGUACAGAACCGACACCCUAACGGAGUACUCUUCCAAAGAUGAUUUCAUUGCUGGAAGACCAACUACAACUUACAAGCUGCCGCACAGGGUAGAUGGCACAGGAUUUGUGGUGUAUGAUGGGGCUUUAUUUUUCAACAAAGAGCGAACCAGGAAUAUAGUCAAAUUUGAUCUACGGACAAGAAUAAAAAGUGGGGAAGCCAUCAUUGCUAAUGCCAACUACCACGACACAUCCCCUUACAGGUGGGGAGGCAAAUCUGAUAUAGACCUUGCUGUGGAUGAAAAUGGGCUUUGGGUAAUCUAUGCAACGGAGCAAAACAAUGGCAAAAUAGUCAUUAGUCAGCUGAAUCCUUAUACUUUGAGAAUCGAAGGGACAUGGGAUACAUCCUAUGACAAGAGAUCGGCUUCCAAUGCAUUCAUGGUCUGCGGCAUUUUAUAUGUGGUGAAGUCUGUGUAUGAAGAUGAUGAUAAUGAGGCAACUGGAAAUAAAAUAGACUAUAUUUACAAUACUGAACAAAGCAAGGAAAGUGCAAUGGAUGUUCCUUUUCCAAACUCAUACCAGUACAUUGCUGCUGUGGAUUACAACCCGAGGGACAACCUUCUUUAUGUAUGGAACAACUAUCAUGUAGUUAAAUACACUUUGGAUUUUGGACCCAUGGACAGUAGAACAGGACAGGCACAUCAUGGUCAAGUUUCCUACCUUGUUCCUCCAAUACAUCUGGACUCUGAUCUCGAGAGACAGUCAUUCAAGGCAUCAACAUCUGGAGCAAUGGGUCUAGGUGGGACUACCACAAGCACCACAGCCCGAGUUACUACCAGCAGCACUACACACACAACCACUGCAUCAGCUUUGGGCAGAAGGAAUAGGAGUACAACUACGCCUUCCCCUGCUUUGGACGCACCCAAGGAAAUGACCACUCAUUUGCCACCGGCAUCUUCCCAGCUGCCUGCAAUAGGGGCAGAGAGCUGUGAGACUGUGGAAGCUCGCGAAAUCAUUUGGUUUAAGACCCGACAAGGACAGGUGGCUAAGCAGCCGUGCCCGAGGGGAACUGUAGGUGUGUCAACAUUUCUCUGUCUUGCUCCUGGUGGAAUCUGGGAUCCACAAGGGCCAGACCUCAGCAACUGCUCUUCACUUUGGGUCAAUCACAUCACACAGAAGUUGAAGUCGGGAGAGACAGCUGCCAAUGUUGCUAGAGAACUUGCUGAGCAAACAAAAAACCACCUGAAUGCUGGGGACGUCACCUACUCAGUUCGGGCAAUGGAUCAGUUGGUGGGUUUGUUGGAUGUGCAGCUGCGGAACUUGACACCUGGUGGGAAAGAUAGCGCUGCACGCAGCUUAAAUAAGCUACAGAAACGGGAACGCUCCUGCAGAGCCUAUGUCCAGGCCAUGGUUGAAACAGUCAAUAAUCUGCUGCAGCCCCAGGCUCUGAAUGCAUGGAGGGACUUGCCUGCAAGCGAUCAGCUGCGUGCAGCAACCAUGCUCCUGGACACCGUAGAAGAAAGUGCCUUUGUCCUGGCGGACAACCUGCUCAAGACUGAUAUUGUGAGGGAGAGCACUGACAAUAUUCAGCUGGAAGUUGCAAGGCUAAGCACAGAUGGAAACUUGGAAGACCUGAAGUUUCCACAGAAUACAGGCUACGGAAGUGCUAUCCAACUGUCGGCAAACACGCUCAAGCAGAAUGGUCGAAAUGGUGAAAUCAGAGUGGCUUUUGUCCUGUACAACAACCUGGGCCGCUACCUAUCCACAGAGAAUGCCAGCAUGAAGCUGGGCAUGGAAGCCAUGUCUACCAACCAUUCUGUAAUAGUGAACUCCCCUAUCAUCACAGCAGCAAUAAAUAAAGAUUUCAGCAAUAAGGUUUAUCUGGCUGAUCCUGUUGUGUUCACCGUGAGACACAUCAAGCAGUCAGAAGAAAAUUUCAACCCUAAUUGUUCAUUCUGGAGCUAUUCUAAACGUACAAUGACAGGGUACUGGUCAACUCAAGGCUGUCGACUCCUGACAACAAACAAGACACACACAACAUGUUCCUGUAAUCACCUAACCAACUUUGCUGUGCUGAUGGCCCAUGUGGAAGUGAAGCACGGUGAUGCAGUCCAUGAUCUGCUCCUGGAUGUUAUUACAUGGGUCGGCAUCCUCCUCUCCCUUGUCUGCCUCCUGAUCUGCAUCUUUACUUUCUGCUUCUUCCGGGGGCUCCAGAGUGACAGGAACACAAUCCAUAAAAACUUGUGCAUCAGCCUGUUUGUGGCAGAACUUCUCUUCCUCAUUGGAAUUAACAGAGCGGACCAGCCGAUAGCCUGUGCGGUGUUUGCUGCCCUCCUGCACUUCUUUUUCCUCGCCGCCUUCACCUGGAUGUUUCUGGAGGGAGUACAGCUUUACAUAAUGUUGGUGGAGGUCUUCGAGAGUGAACAUUCACGUAGAAAAUACUUCUAUUUGGUUGGCUAUGGUGUGCCUGCUCUGAUUGUAGCUGUUUCAGCAGCAGUAGACUACAGAAGUUAUGGCACGGGAAAAGUUUGUUGGCUUCGACUUGACACUUACUUCAUCUGGAGCUUUAUAGGACCUGCUACCUUGAUAAUUAUGCUUAAUGUAAUCUUCCUUGGGAUUGCUCUUUAUAAAAUGUUUCAUCAUACUGCCAUAUUGAAACCUGAAUCUGGGUGUCUCGACAAUAUCAAGUCAUGGGUCAUAGGUGCAAUAGCUCUUCUCUGCCUGUUAGGACUGACCUGGGCCUUUGGGCUUAUGUAUAUUAAUGAAAGCACAGUCAUCAUGGCUUACCUCUUCACCAUUUUCAAUUCUCUUCAGGGAAUGUUUAUAUUCGUUUUCCAUUGUGUCCUCCAGAAAAAGGUACGUAAAGAAUAUGGGAAAUGCCUGCGUACACAUUGCUGUAGUGGGAAAAGUACAGAGAGCUCCAUUGGCUCAGGAAAAACAUCUGGGUCACGAACUCCUGGACGAUACUCUACAGGAUCACAGAGCCGCAUUCGCAGGAUGUGGAAUGACACUGUUCGAAAGCAGUCUGAGUCCUCCUUCAUCACUGGUGAUAUAAACAGUUCAGCGUCACUUAACAGAGAGGGGCUUCUGAACAAUGCCAGGGAUACAAGUGUCAUGGAUACUCUACCACUGAAUGGUAACCACGGCAAUAGUUACAGUAUUGCCAGCAGCGAGUACCUGAGCAACUGUGUGCAAAUCAUUGACCAUAGCUAUAACCACAGCGAGACAGCCUUAGAGAAAAAGAUCCUGAAAGAACUCACCUCCAACUAUAUCCCUUCCUACCUGAACAACCAUGAGUGCUCUAACGAACAGAGUAGGAACCUAAUGAACAAGUUUGUGAAUAACCUAGGCAGCGGGAGCAAGGAUGAUGCCAUCGUGCUCGACGAUGCCACCUCUUUCAACCAAGAGGAGAGCCUGGGCUUAGAACUCAUCCACGAGGAGUCCGAUGCCCCGUUGCUGCCCCCUCGGGUUUACUCCGCAGAAAACCAUCCGCCUCACCAUUACGGCAGGAGACGGAUUCCGCAGGAACACAGCGAGAGCUUUUUCCCCUUGCUAACCAAUGAGCACACAGAAGAGCUCCAGUCGCCCAAUAGGGAUUCUCUUUACACGAGCAUGCCUGCUCUGGCUGGCAUGCCGGUCACAGAAAGCGUCACCACCAGUACUCAGACCGACCCCCCGCCAGCCAAAAGUGGUGACGCGGAUGACGUGUACUACAAGAGCAUGCCAAAUCUGGGCUCCAGGAACCACAUCCAGCAGCUACACACUUACUACCAGUUGGGGCGAGGCAGCAGUGACGGAUUUAUAGUUCCACCCAACAAGGACGGGGCCCCAGCAGAAGAAACCUCGAAAGGACCAGCUCAUUUGGUCACUAGUCUAUAG